CUUCCGUUCCCGCCGCGCGGCGCAUGCGCGGGCGCCGCUCGCUAUGGCGGGCGCGCUGGGCGGCAUGUUCGCCAGCCAGCCGCCGGGGCCGCCGGGCCCGCCGCCGCCGGGGCCUCCCGGAGCGCCCGGCCCGGCCGGCCUCAUCCCGCCGCCGCCGGGGCCGCGCAAUCCCAACAACACGCUGGUGGACGAGCUGGAAGCGUCCUUCGAGGCCUGCUUCGCCUCGCUGGUGAGCCAGGACUACGUGAACGGCACGGACCAGGAGGAGAUCCGCACCGGUGUUGAUCAGUGCAUUCAGAAGUUUUUGGAUGUUGCAAGGCAAACUGAAUGCUUUUUUCUACAAAAAAGACUGCAGCUAUCAGUCCAGAAACCAGAGCAAGUAAUUAAAGAGGAUGUUUCAGAAUUAAGAAAUGAACUUCAGAGAAAAGAAGCAUUAAUUCAGAAGCAUUUGGGUAAACUGCGACACUGGCAACAGGUCCUGGAAGACAUCAGUGUACAGCACAAAAAGCCAGCAGAAAUGCCUCAAGGUCCAUUAGCUUACCUAGAACAAGCAUCUGCUAAUAUUCCUGCUCCAAUGAAGCAAACGUGAUCUUUGAUUUUUACAUAUCUGAAUAUUUUCAACAAUGCAAAGCAGUGGUGUUCUUUUUACUUUGUAUGCUUUUUGUAUAAUGUAAUUUGUACUAUAAAUAUAAAUAGUUAAGACAACUAA